AAUAGGGCAGCUGUGAAGGAAGAAUUGGCUGCUUCCUAUAGGAGUAACAUUGCUGAGAAGCUGAAAAGGGGGCUUAAAGGGAUUAAAUUCAAGGGGGAGAGAGCGUAAAUGAUAAAAAGAUGGGGAGAUGGACAACAUCAUGGUGGGACCAGUUCACAGUCUUGAUGAGGAGGGGUGUGAAAGAAAGCAAACAUGAGGUGUUCUCCCCCCUCAAGUUUGGCCAAGUAAUAGUGGUCGCUUUGCUUACAGGUCUUUUAUGGUGGCGAUCUACCCUUGACCACAUUCAAGAUCAGAUUGGGCUCCUUUUCUUCAUCUCAGGAUUUUGGGGCACGUUCCCUGUCUUCCAGGCUAUCUUCACCUUCCCUCAAGAGCGUGCAAUGCUGACAAAAGAGAGGUCUUCAGGCAUGUACAGGCUCUCCUCUUACUUGAUGUGGAGGAUGGUUAGUGACAUGCCAAUGCUAAAAAACAGAAGAAUUCCACAUGUUGAGAAAAUUAAACAAUAA